AGAAACAGGUGUUUAACCCAAAAUAACACCACCAAAGCCAAUAAGCCUCAUACUCCCCCAGGUAGACCUUGCAAAAGCCUAUUGUUGUGGCGGUGGUCAACCAGAAAAGUUUCAGAGAUGUCUGAUGAUGAGCAAAGGCCAGAGAUGGAGCGAUGGCGGCCAAAGGUAGCUGCUUCCAAAAAUGAGCCUCCUACAAUUGUCACAGUGACUGCUUCCGAAUCCUCACCAGAUGCACCCGUUUAUGAUGGAAAACUUCUUGUUGGAUGCUUUUCUUGCUUAAGCUUGUUCACUUGUCAAGAUGUUUGUUUGGAAAUCUUUGGGUCACCAAGAAUUGAUGAUGUAACAAUCGAUAUUGAUAUUGACGAUGACGGAGAAACCAUAAGUGUUACACAACCUAGAGGAAGAACAUGGCUUGGUUCUGAUGGUAUUCUUCUUGAGAUCAUGAAGAGCAUUGUGUAUGGAGGUUCAAUGGCGGUGAACGCAAGCUUAAGUGUCGUAGCAUUCGCAGCUGCUUCUGAUGCCACAACACUGAGCAUCAUAUGUUUGGCACUCGCAAGUCUUGUUGGUGGGUUCUUCGUCAUCAGACACAAUCUUUGGGAGCUUAGAGACGAUUGUUACAAGUUUAACUCAAGCCAAGAUCCAAACAAUGAGGCUACCCGUAAGUACAAAGAGCUACUUGGAGAAGUAAACUAUUUCCCACUACAUGUUUUUUUCACAAUACUAUCCUUCGUCGUGUUCGGGAUGGUCCCACCAGUUGCAUACGGGUACUCAUUUCAUGAGACCAAUGACAAGGACUUUACAGUCGUAAUAGUUGCAAUUGCGUCUCUUGUAUGUGUAUCAUUAUUGGCAAUAUUCAAGGCUUACUUCAAUAGGUGCACAUCAUUUUUUCAGUACAUUAAGACCGUGGUGUACUAUAUUACUACCGUAGUAUUAGUAUCAUGUGUGUUUUAUAUUGCUGGGAAUCUGCUUACGAGGUUCAUAGAAGAGCAUGGAUUUUUUGACUUGUGUUCAAGUGGUGGUGUGUCUCUCCUCCCACAUGCCACCAUCCCGUCUCUAACAUCUGUCUGACGUUUGAGAGUAUAGAGCGACAUUGCUCAUAUUUGUUUUGUUAUUCGUGAUUCUGAAUGUGUGAGAGUAAAGAGCGAGAUUGCUCAUACUUGUUUUGUUAUUCGUGAUUAUUUGUAUUAUUUCAAUUGUUCCUUCGCUUGAAUUUGCUUGACAAGAAUGUAUCAUUUAUACAAA